CAAUUUCACUCAUGUAAGCAUACUUUGAUAAACCGACUUAAUUUAAUAUUAGUAGCGCACAUUUCUGAUAUUUUUGUUGAAUGGGUACAUUUCUGAUUUCUAUAUAAUACAAUAUGAAAUAAUGUUUUACCAAAACUCAGAUAUUUUGUGAUUUUAUUAGCUCUCAAACGUUUAAACAUGAGUGAGCAAGUGUCAUGCUUUAAGUGGGGUACUAGCAGCAGUAGCAUUAAUGCAAGUUCAUGUUCAUCUUUUUCUGGGUUUAAUACUACCGGCAACAUGGAAGCUGCUUUAUAUGAUCAAGUAGAUGUUGCGAUGAAUGACACAAGUGCUGAAAAUUUUGAUGCUCUUCAUAAUUGGGUGGAUAAUCAACUUGCUGAUCUAGCUAAGCAUGACCAUAAUAAUAAUAAUGUUGAUGAAUUUUCAUCAUUGCCUGAUAAUAAUAAGGAUAAUGUCUCCCAAGAAAUUCCGGAACUAGAUAGUGAUGUUGAUGAUUUUCACGAGGUAGAGUCAGGAAAUGUAAACUUGGACACUAAAGGAAAACAAGUUUUUGAGCCUGAACUCACAUUCUCACUUAAUGAAGAUCAACAAGGUGCUACAUGGAAGACUUCCAAGAAGCGAACGAGCGAACAAAUAAGACGGAAACGAAUCAGUGACAAGUUACAAGUUCUUGAGAAACUGAUUCCUCAUUCUCGUAAGGGAGACCAGGCAACCAUCCUUGACAACGCGACCAAGUACAUCAAAUCCUUGAAGAAUCAAAUUGGGAUGAUGUUGGAAUGGCAUGGACAAAGCCAGCUUCAGCAGGCUGCAUAUGCAACUCAAACAUUUGUGCCCAUGAUGAUGAGGACUGACAUGCAAAUUGGUGCAAUAAAUAGUAGUGGAGUUGCUGGAGCUCAGCCAAUCUACCAAAUGCGCGCAAUUUCACCAAAUUUAUACGAACAACCUCCAAAUGUUUACUACCCAUCCACCACCGCAUCUUUUGAGCCAACCUAUUGUCCUCCCACUACACGGCAGUUGCAACCGCAUUCUUAAAAAUAGGUUUGCUCGAUACAUUACUACAGUGUUACUUCAUAUUUUCUUUUGUAAUUUAUUAUUCUCUAGCUUCAUUGCACUGUCCUCGUGUUGUAUGAUAUAGGGGAAGUUUUUGCAAUUAUGUAAACCGUUGUGUGUCGGCCAAUUUGGUAACUAUUAUAUAUAAAUGGCAAUAAUGAUAAUAAAUUUAUAAAAAAUUGUCAUGUCAAUAAUAUGGCUAUGAUAAUGAGAUUUA